AUGACUAGACCACCAGUUUUGCAGUACGGUAUACCAUUUGGUGUAACGGUGGGGGCGUGGAAGAGUCUCCGGAAGUAUCUUGGGCAUCGGAUGCCUUACUCCUCUUUGCAUGAACCAAGCCAGUUUGAACAAUGGGCAGAUGACUUUUUUGUUCCCGAGACGUUGCAGGAGAAGAUAAUCGAGCACAUACCGGAACCAGUGAAGCACAACAAAUUGAGUGAGUUGUUUGAACAGGUGACACAGCGCUUUUUUGAUAUGGACACUAGAUUAUCAAUUAUUAUGCUUAUAGUGAUUGUGCUCGCGCCGUUACUAAGUCCGAGCAGAAAGGAGACACAUGAAAAUUGCAAUGACAAUGAAAAUGAAUUACAACAGAGCACAGCGGAGGAGCGGCUAAAGUCAGCAGAGACAACAGCUGUUGAUUUGGACGAGCAAGAAAAAGAGAUACAUAUGGAAGAGAUUGAAGACUCCACGGUCGUGGCUGUCAAACUGCCAGUUGCAACAGCAGAAGAGGUAGAACUAAUGCAUGAGACCUUUGGCGCAGUGCCGGCACUCAAGAGAGAACCAAACCCGUCUCAUACAGCCUCUUCCAGCUCACUCGACUCUGCUAAUUCAAAACUGUCGAGAGAAAGCCCCCGAGUACCACUACAAGUAUCGCCUGCUAAGGCCUGCAACUCCAAUGCACAGAUAAAUAAUUUCCAAGCAUACUCACAACCUUUCACCUACUAA